CGGACACAAACGUGUUGUAACACAACCAGGAAGUUACUAUGAAGACGACAAACGAAAACAAUCCAGAAACCUCCAUGGAUGAUGUUAAAAACCUUAUUAAAAAGAAAGAUGAGAUCGAAGAACAGAUUAAAGCAUACCACGAUGUUCUGGAAGAUCAAGGCGUCGGACUUCAUGGUCCCUUGGUGGACGCAGAAGGUUACCCGAGGGCCGACAUCAACUUGUACCAGAUAAGAACCGCCAGACACAAUAUUUCGUGCUUGCAGAACGAUCACAAGGCCAUCAUGGCAGAUAUUGAGGACGCCUUGCACAGGUUGCACGCUCAUGAAAAAGCCAAGCGCCUGCACGGUCAGACAGAAGCUCUGGAGGAGGCCAUGGAGCAGCAGGAUGUGCUCCCACCCGCCUUUGCGCGGGUGGAUGACAUCACGCAGGGUUCGCCUGCCGCCAUAGCUGGCUUGAGAAUUGGAGAUGAAGUUGUUGAGUUUGGUUCAGUGAACACUGGCAACUUCCAGUGCCUCAAUAACAUUGCUUCUGUCGUGCAGCACAGUGAAGGGAAGCCACUACGAGUGACGGUGGUCCGCGGGGGGCAGAGAGCCCAUGUGAGCUUGACUCCGCAGCGGUGGUCCGGCCAGGGUCUGAUGGGGUGUAAGAUUGUCCCCAUGUCUCCACCAUAAGCCUCAAUUACUUUCAUAUAAAUAAAGACUCAAAUUAAGACAAA